AUGGAUCUCCAGAAGGUCCUGGAAGCCACGAAUGCCCAAGACAAGAGCAGGCUAGCUUUGGAGCUUGUGAAGAAGGAGCUGGAGCUGUCGAAGCUUCAACAGAAGAUCGCAUCACAGAUCGAGGACAAGAUGAACAAACACCAGCGGGAGUUCAUGCUGCGCGAGCAGCUCAAGUCUAUCAAGAAGCUUUGCAGCAUUCAGCAGCUUCGAAGUUAUCAUGCUGCAAAUGGCGCAUUGCGCAUGGUUGCUGAAGACGGGAAAGAGCUGGGCAUUGACAAGGAUGAUGGAUCGGAUGCACUCUUGCAGAAGUUCAAGCAGCGCCUCGAGGAAAAGACAGUGCCCAAGGAGGUGAAAGAGGCGAUCGAUCAGGAGUUGGAGAAGUUCGCCAACUUAGCCAAGGAGUCGCAGGAGUACCAGAUGACCCGGAACUAUCUGGAAUGGUUGACCAACGUGCCCUGGGGCGUCUACAGCAAGGACACCUUCGACUUGAAGAAGGCCCGAGAGAUCUUGGACUUUCGGCCUCGAAAAUGGGAUGGACUUCUGUCGUGCCUUCUGCGCUAA